AAAAUGUGAUAAACUGGUCAGUUGCCCACCAUGCUCUGGAUCUACAUUACCACAUUCUUUGUCGGUGCCCUCGCACAACCAUCUUCCCAAAAUUGCGCGCACGGCUGGUUAAAGAGAGGAUCAUCAUGUUACCUGUACGUCACGCAUGUCGAUAACGACUGGACAGAAUCCGAGUAUUUCUGUCACAUGCUGGGUGCAAAACUCGUGGAGAUUGAGUCAAAAGAAGAGAACGACUUUCUGAAAGAACACGCAAAAACAGCACACCAACACGAGCAGUCCGGUUUCUGGAUUGGUGGAACAGACGCUGUUGUUGAGGACACGUGGGUUUGGAUGACGUCACAGACUGAAUUUUCCUUCUCGGACUGGGCGCGGAACUUUCCGGAUGAUUAUGAUAGUAAUGAGGACUGCGCUCACAUGUGGAGCGAUGUGGAUUUCUCAUGGAAUGAUUCCCAUUGUGACGAAAGAAUGAACUUCAUCUGCGAAAAACAGUAUGGCACUCUCAAUAAUUACGCGGAUUUUAAGGACAUCUUUUAAAAUUAUUGUGCACAUUAAAAGAAUUCAAAAUAUCUUUAAUUUUAAUCAAUGAUAUCUUAAAUUCUAUCAAAUUUCUAUCAAAUCGUGCAAUAUUUAAAUUAAUAAAUCUUCAAUUCAUUUGGUGAAUUAACAUUUGAUUUAUUGCACUCUGUAACUUAUGAUAUCUACAGUUCAGCAUAUCCACAGUUGAUGCUCUCUCUGAUUGAAAUAUUGAGCACAUGCACCCUCCACUAAAAAUUAGUAUAUGCAUAUAUAAUAUUUCCUAAUGUGUUCCGGGUGUAGUGUGCGCUAGAUGAUGGCGUGUGCUUGCCAAAAUGUAGUAGCGAAACGAAGAAAUGAAACGUAGAAUUGGCUGUAUUUGGCUUUAAUGUUCUUUUAUACCGAAAUCAAACAAGGAGAUAUUACUUUUCUGAAUUACUGCACCUAUUAAAUGAAUUACAGUGCUAUAGAAUGAGAUAGCAUUAAACAAAUGAGAUAAUGUGUUACUGGUAUAUCAUCAGGUGAAAUAUUGCGCAGGAAGGCAUUCAAUACGCGCAGUGAUUCAGUUGAUGAAGGAAAUAAUAAUUUAAAAUGCGCGUAAUUAAUUUAUCAAUUAGUGACUAUAUGUACAGUAAUUCAUUUGGAUACUGUAGAUUCCUUAUUUUACGCCAGUACUUUUUUCCAAAUUUUUUUUUUUUUAAACAUACAUACAGUAUAUACGUACAUAUAUUCUGCAAAGAAACUUGUACAAAAUGUUUAUAAGAAGCUAUCAAAGGUAUAUGUAUAUAUUCUUUUCUGAGAGAGAGAGAGAGAGAGAGAGAGAGAGAGAGAGAGAUGAAUGAGAUUAAUUAAGUCAUUAUCUAAUAUAUUAAAGGUCCAUAUAUAUUGCAAUUUAUAAUUUGUUUUAAACCAAAUAAAAAAACAAA